UUGACUGUUUGACUUUCACUGUAACGUCAAAUAAUUCGAUCAUAACCUAGCUUUCUUUUCCACCGGAAGAGAAUAUCGGGAUCUUGAAGCUCUUCAACUUUAAUCAUGACUUCUCUUUGCCGGAAAAACGAUUCACGUCCAAAGUUUUCUGCUACCAAAUUCAGUUUCAUUAAGUUUAUUUCGGAGAGCAGUUCUAAAGAAACAAACCUUAAAGUUCCUACGAGUUAUGUGAAGAAAUAUCAGGAGAAAUAUGGAAAAGAGCUAUCAAAGGUUGUACAUCUUAAGCUUCCAUGUGGUACAGAAUGGGAAGUAGAAGUCACAGGUCACAAUGGUCACUUUUGGUUCGAGAAGGGUUGGGAAGAUUUUUGCAAGUUUUACUCCCUCCAGUCACGCGACUCGCUGGCUUUUCAAUAUGAAGCAAAUUCCAGAUUCAAAGUUAACAUCUUUGAUAAAUCAAAAACAGAGAUUGACUAUCCUAUCAAAAGCCCUGAUAUGCAAGAAAAUGGUGUAAAUGAUCAUUCUCCACCGGCUAGUCCUCCACUGCCUCAAAAGAAGAAAGAAGCAACUUCAAGUGGUGGGAAAAAGGAUCUUUCUGCCGAAAAGGAUGAGGGAGGGAAGUCAAGUACUACUCAAAGAUCCCAAAAACCAACAACCGAGGUUCCUAUGAGGAUGCACUCCUCGGCUAUAGGUGGAAAAGCUACAGCUCUUCAGAGAGCUAAAGAAUUCAAGUCUAGAAACCCUUCCUGCUUCUUGGUUAUCAUGCACGCCUCAUAUAUCAAAGGAACUAUGCUCUGGCUGUCAACUGAGAUCUCCAUGAAUAUGUUAACAUAUCUUGGUCAGAAUUCUGGUAAUGUUAGCCUUCGUGUUUCGGAAGGGAGUACAAGGGGACUUUGGACUGUUGAAAUGAAAUAUGAUACAGAAAGAGCCACAUUCCGGUUGCAGAGUGGUUGGAAUAAAUUUGUUCAAGGAAAUAAUUUGAAUGCUGGUGAUGUUUGUGGUUUUAUGUUAAUUGACGAAAUUGGACUUUUAUUUGAAGUUAAUAUUUUCCGCAGAACAGAAGUUGCAACCUCAUCACCAGGCUAUGAUGAAUAUGAUGUGGAUGACAAAGAUGACCAUGGGCUUCAUGAUGCCAAUGAUGACUAUGCAGCUGAUGAAAACAGGCACCGUUCUUUCAGAACUGUCCUACUGAAGUCUUCUAUCAGUCAUUGUUUGUGGUUAUGUUCUAGGUUUUCUCAGAAACAUCUCAGUGAUAAGCCUAGUAAUGCCGAGCUGCAUGUUCCUGGUGGGACGACAACUUGGUGUGUUGGAUUGAAAUAUGAGGUUGGGAGAAAAAGAGCCAAAUUUCAGUCUGGUUGGACCAAGUUUGUGAGAGACAAUAAUUUGAACAUUGGAGAUGAGUGUGUGUUUGUGUUGACUGAUGAAAAUAUAUUUUCAUUUGAAGUUGUCAUAGUAGCUGCAAAAUCCACCUUGCCACCAGACAUUGAUGAUGCUAAUGACAACAUCAAAGAUGAUGAGGAUAAUAAGAAUGAGGACGAUGAUGAUACUAGUGAUGAUGAAGGUGAUCAUUCUGAUGAUGAAAACGACCACAGCGAUGAAGAUGAUGAAUAUUCAACAGCACAACAGCUUCACAAGAGAAAGAGAUCAAGUUCAAGUACCAAAAGUAGCAUCAGAGAUGUUGGUGCUUCGACUAGUACUGGACAAUUUUUAAAACGAAGACCUGGUGUUCCAAGGAGUAUGCAUCCAGUAAGGACCACGAAAAAUGAUAUAGCUCUUCAGAGAGCUAAAGUCUUCAAGUAUGUAGAACCUCAUUUUGUGGUUCCAAUGACUGCCAGAAAUGUCCACGAAUCUUUUCUUAAGUUGCCAUCUGCUUUUGUCCAGAAACAUCUUGAUAAGAGGCCUAGUCAUGUCAGCCUGUGGGGUUCAAAUGACAUAUAUUGGCCUGUCGAGUUACAUUUCAGCAAAGGAGCUAGCUUCCAGGGCGGUUGGAUUGAAUUUGUGCAACGCCAUAAUCUGAAAGAGGGUGAUGCAUGUGGCUUUGAGUUGACUGAGAAGAGAAAGUUUCUGUUUGAUGUUCACAUUUUCCACACCACAUAGAAGCUUGCAGGCAAGUAAUUUAUGUAGCUUUGCCGUCUGCAGAAUUUGCACAUGUACAUUUUGUCUCUUAUAAUUUUCUUGUUUUGAAAAUAGGCAACUGCCUUGGCUAAUCAAGUUGAA